GAACCGCCUCACAGGUUUGAUGCCAGAUAUUUUGUUGGAUCCUAUUUACAUUGGUCUUUUUGGCAGCACUGGAGCUGGGAAAAGCACGUUGCUGAAUGCCAUCAUAGAUAAAAACUUCUUCUUGCCAGUGUCUGGGUACAGAGCCUGCACCUCCUGCGUGGUGCAGGUCAACACGAGCCACAGCAAAACGUAUGAGGCCAAAAUUUACCUUCUCACAGAUGAGGAGUGGAAGGAUGAACUGAAGGGUCUGAUGGCAUUUUUGGACCCAGAUGAGGAGGAGAAUGACAGCGAAAGAAACGAGGCUGUUCUGAAGAUCUCUGCUAUCUAUGGGGAAGAAGCAGAAAAUAAGAGUUAUGAAGAACUGUGUGAGAUGAAACCCAAAAUCCGUAUUCCUGAUUCCAGAUGUAUCACCCUCAGGGAUAAGAAUGAGAAAGACUUCUCUGAAAAAAUGAGCCCCUAUAUCUGGAUUCAGGGCAUCCGUAACGACUCAAAAGCAGGAGCAAGUGAAGAAGACAGCAGAACACGGUUCUGGCCUCUAGUAAAAAAUGUGGAAGUGACUAUCCCAAGAUUGCAAGUGGUUCCAGAAGGUGUUGUCUUCGUGGAUAUUCCAGGGACAGGCGAUUUCAGUAGCAAAAGGGAUGCGAUGUGGAAAGAGAACAUCAACAAAUGCUCUAUCAUUUGGGUUGUCAACUCCAUCGAACGUAUUCAUGGAAACAAAAUCCAUGAGAUGAUGCUGAAUGAAGGCAUGAAGGCUUUCCAGUGUGGGAUAUGCAGGGACAUCUCCUUGGUUGUCACCAAGUCUGAUCAGAUGAAUCUAAAAGAAUACAAGAGGGAAAGUGAGAAGGAUUAUAUAAAUAAACACGAUGCCAUCCUGGAAAGGAAUGAAAUUGUGAAGCAAGAGAAGAGCAAAAUGAUGAAGAGAAACUUAGUG